AUGAUGGCCGACACUGGUGUUGCGAUGCCAGCAGCACAGAUCGCACGAGCCUGGCUGCAGAUGGCACGAUCCAAAGGCCAUAGCGGCAUGCCUUCCAAGAGCAGCUUUGCACCUCUCGUGAAAGGCAAGCGUCGCAUGGGGAGCUCCUCUGACCUCUGUGGGAGCAUCACAGAGGGGGAUGAGUCCGCCGGAAGCCCUUGGGAGGGCCCUACCGAAGACGCUUUCCACGUGCAGCUUGAGAGAGAGUCCGCAACAGAAGACUGGGGCUUUAUUUGGAAUCAAACGGCCUUGUCGACCAGGCGAAGAUUUCUCCUGGAGUCAGUGAGUGAAGGCAGCCCAGCAGCGAGCUGGAACAGUCGUGAGUGCGAGCUCGGUCGCUCUACAUUGGAGCCCGGCAGCACCCUCGUGGAAGCGAACUACCUUGCCGGCUAUGGGGUCAUUCGCCACGAGUUGAGGGAAUCGAUGCAGCUGCGGCUGACGUUCCUGCGGCCAGCUCCCGACCCGGCACCCACAGAGAAAAGGCUUGUCGGACUACCUUUAGAGUGCCGAAUCAAGAACUCCUUCUUGGAGGUAUCGCCCAUCGAUGCUGACAGCCAGGAAGAAGCCCGGCAUUUUUCGGAUCCCGGGCCUUCUGCUCAGAAAGGCUGUUCAUCUUCAGCGGAAGGUGCAGGUGUCAGCGCCAAUGAGCCGCAGAUCUGCGGAUAUCACACCGAGUCAGAGGCGGUUUCGGAUUUGAUCGGGACGGCAGCUCUGAUCUCUGGGCUUGUGAGGUCGGCGGAGUUCAACGGCAAGUGGUGUCGAAUCGAUGCCUUUGACCCUGAGGUUCGUCGUUACAUUGUGCGCGUUUUCCUGGAAGAAGGACAGCCGCCGGUGAUUGCAAAGCUGCGCCUGGAAAACCUGUCCUUUGGGCCGACCGCGCUCGCCUCAUCGGCGACACCCGAAUUUCAUCCUUUUGCCCCGCCGAGUGCUGCUGUUUCCGAGGAUCUCUCGGCAUGGCCCUGGGGCCAGGCUAACUGGCCCUGGGGCAUCCAUCCAGGCAUGGCGGGCACCGUGGAAGGUUGCAUACCUAUCGGCAUGGAGGCAGAUGCUUGGCAGGUGCCCGCCGAGUGGGCCUCCUACCCAUUUGGCCCCCCGGGCCUACCCCCAACGGAGGCCGCCAUGAUGAGUAUGCCGGUGCCGGCGGUACCGCAGCCUCCAGCGACACCACUCUGCAUCCUGCCUACGACCGGGCAGCACUUCGCGACCUCCGAUGCUGCGGCUCCUAACACUGCAGGCAUGGCAGAAAAUGCAGGAGAAAGUCACGAACGUCCUCCUCAGAUACACACUCAUCAGGUCCUCGAGCAGCAGUUGAUCCAGCAGCACCUGCAAGUGCUACAGAGUGCAGCUCCCGAUGUGCAGGAAGCAGUGCAGCCAUCGGUGAGCUCCUCGCAUCAGCACCCAAGUGCCAGCAGCCUCCAGCAAGAGGCUGAAGAGCCGCAGGCACCGCACGAAGAAGAUGCGGCAGAAGGCAAGAAAAAGCGGCGGCGCAGGCGACGUGGGAAGCGUAAAGGCCGUGGCAGCAAGGAUGCGCAGGACGCCGAGGACGACGAUGAAGAAAGUGAUGUGGCAGAAGAGCCGAGCCUUGGAAAGGAAGCGGAUGUGCUGACCUCUCAAAGCAGACAAGCAAGCACCCCACAACCGACGGAGGCCGAGGUCCAAGUUCAGCAGAAUGCCGUGGCUGAAACCUUGCAGGCAGUGGUACCUGGGAGUCCGCGACUGGAAGCGCUCCAGACGGUGAGCACCAGGAAGCCAGAGGAGCUCUUCCAAGAGGCUGGGGUGGGAAGCGCAUACGUGAAACUAAAGCCUUCCUUGACCAUCCUGACAUGCUUUGUCAAAGAGCACGUGGAUGCUUUGCCAGCAGCUAGCAUGGGAGUUGCAGAUGUUCUUCUGCGCAAGACAGGGACAGAGAGAGAGGAUCAGCUCUGGGAAGUGGCGGGCUUCGUGGCCAAGGACUUUGUGCCCUAUGCCAGUCUGGUGGAUUGGCUUUGGGCUGCAGAGCUGAACAAGGCGCCACCCGCGGGGCCCGGCACCCUCAUGGAGCCUGUGGAGCUGGCGCAAGCUCCACCCGACGGACGGGCAGAAGUCGCGCUCCAGUCACUCCUGAUGCUGAUUGCCGCGGCAAGUUGGGCAGAGUAUGGUCCAGAGAAAGGUGAGGUGUGCGUGGAGAGCGUCCCCAGCACGCCGGAAGCCUUCAUGACCUUCUCGGUGGCAUAUGGCAAGGAUAAAUCUCUGAGCUUGUCGGCGUCAUUAGCGUCGCUUCUGACUCAGAAGGUUCGGCUACUGAUCAAAAACGCGUCCUUGGGGCUGGAAGUCGUGGACUACGCGAAAGCAUUGCUUCUGCUCAAAGCUCAAGGCUUCAGCGGCUGCCAUGCUCUCGCGGAGUCCCUCGCUGGGGCUGCUGCAAUUGGGCUUCAUGCUGUGCACCUCAAGGGCGAGAGCUCUGGAGCGCGGCAGGUCUUCCGCACACCGGCAGUGGCACCCUGUGCGCUGCCUGGCUCCCUCGCUGAUGUGCCUUGGGAAAUCCAGGUGACAGAGAAGGCUGGACACUUCAAGCUCCUUGGACCCAAGGUCGAUCUCUCAGCGCUGGUGCCUGGUGAAUUCGGCAAGCUGGGAGACCCUCUUCCCAUGAGCGUCGGGGUCAAGGAGUGCAACGAGGCUGCGAAGGCCAAGGAGCAGACUCACGUGGCCUUACAGGCCGAGACAAUGCAGAACAAUUUCCUGGGUGAGCUGAGCGAUCGCAUUGCCACCGCUGCCAAGGAGAAGUCCUGCGUGGUUGUGGUGGCAGGGCCUUCAUCAAGCGGGAAGACGACCUUCAGCGCUCGGUUGGCACUGCAUUUGCAAGCGCGGGGCUGCGACGCACGGCCUCUGGAAUGCGACAUGUAUUUCAAGGCACGGGCAGACCCUACGCAUCCUCGCGACGCGAAAGGCGAGCUCAAUUUCGAGGACCCUGACUCUCUCCGCAUCGACAAGAUCAAACAGGAUCUUGAGGCUUUGAUGGCGGGGAACCCAGUGGAGCUCCCGAAGUUUUGCUUCAAGACUGGCACCAUCCAGGAGCAAACAGGCAACAUCCUCAAGCUGCCAAAGAGCGCCGUUCUCAUCAUCGAAGGCAUCUUUGGACUGCAUCCCAAAUUCCUCGCCGCCUUCGAGGAUGUAUCCCUAUUCAAGGUCCUCAUCGGACCGUGGUCCGGAUCGCGCCUAGGAAAUCUCUGCUUGGUACCGGAGCGAAAGUUUCGACUUCUCCGCCGGAUUGGUCGUGACGUGCGCAGCCGGGGCGUGGACGCGGCCCGCGUAAUGCACAAGUUCACUUCGGUUUCUGCUGGAGAACAGCUCAACAUUUUCCCAUAUGCCGGGAAAGCCGACGUCAUCUUCGACUCAACGCUGCAUUACGAGUUGUCGGCAUUGAAAGCAGUUAUCGGGGCGGAUGUGGAGAACGCAACCAGCGAUGACCCCGUGGUGCAGUGGCGAAAGCGUGAGUUGGCAAACUACCUCAGUUGGGCUGAAGCCUGGCCAGUCUCGGAGUAUGAGCUGCUUCCCACCAGCAUUGCAUGCGAAUUUCUGGGCAGCUCCAUUUUUGAGUAG